GACGAUCCAAACCGACGUAAACGCGAUGCGGAGAAGAAGGAUGAAGAGCGCGAGAGAGCUGCUUUGGAGAGUAAUAGGAAGCUAGGGGUGGGUCUGGAAGCUGUUCAACAUAGGGGAAGUAUGAAUCUUGGUGGGGGAUCCAAAGGUAGUCCUGGGGUUAAAGUCAAGCGGGAGAGAGAUUCUUUAUCCCCUGCUCCUUCUGACCUGUCCGACGCGUUGGCACAACUACAUCAAACCCCUCGGACUGUCACUUACGGAGGUCAGAAGAAGAAGAAAAAGCGUGUAGCAGAUUCGGAUGAUGAGAGUGAGUCUUUCAUCAAUCAUAUCGACAACAGGUUAUCUUCUCCACCUUACCAGUCCACCACUUCCGGUCUCAAACUAAAACUUUCCUCUCAGAAACCCCGCCCAGAUCCUUCUCCCACGCCUUCAAAUUCAACAGCCGCAGUUUCGGUGACCGUUGGGGCGUCCCUUGAUUUUUCCCUUCCUGUCCAACCUCAGAGACCUUUGGUACCAAACCGUCCAGGUGUGAAGAAACCUCCCAAACCGGGUCCUAAGAGACAAAAUGAGGUGAAUGAGGAUUUCAGCAAUGUCAAAGCUCCUAGUCAAGUGGCCUUUCCGACAUUUUGGAGUGGGGUGGAACCGUACCUUCGGGAAAUCAGGGAAGACGAUUUGGCCCUGCUGAACUUCAAGGCCGAUGCUCCCGAGUCAUACGAAGUCCCUCCUCGGGGUCGUCACUAUACCGAAGUAUGGGACGAAGAAGACGGUCUUCCUCCCGGUACCACUCCUCGUAUCUUUGUCCCCUCCAUGCGACACUCUCAUGACCGUGGACCUGGAGGACUUGCAGUGCCACACUUUGUCCCUUCAGCGGAGAUGAAAGAUGAGACUUUGGUGGAUGAACAAAGGGGACUGGGAGGUUUGACCGAAAGGAUCGUCGCUGCUUUCAUAAAGGAUAAAAAAGUGGCCGAGACUAACUCUGCGGCCGAAAAUGCAAGGCGAGAGGCAUUACGUUUAGGAGAUGUUAUGGAAGAGGAAGUGAGGGACGUCAUAAAAAUCGAUGUGGUGGAUAUGGAAGAGAGAGUGAAGAAGGAAUUGAAGAUGCUCAAUUUGUUAGGGGAGCACGAAGAUUUCGAUCCUUCCAAAAGGGACGACGAUGAGAUCACAUCCUCCCUCCGCACGUGUCAGCGACUGCUGGUCAAGCAAUCUGCUUUGAACGAAGCUCGCAAAUCUCGUCUGUCCGACAUCGCCAAGCAUCGAUUAGCAUAUGCUGAAUAUUCUUCAGCUUUGGAAGGUAUCGAAAAGGCCAUCGAAGCAGGAUGGACUAAGCGUGUCAAGAAGUACGGAAUAGCACCUCGAAAGACGAACAAUUCCAAAGCUGAGACUUCCACCCGUCCGCCCGUUCCCGAGACGCUCAAGCGUUUGCUAGCGGUCCGGAAACAAUGGACGGAGACGGUCGGAAAGUGUAUGCGAGAGCUUCCGAGGGGUGAAGUGGUAGGUAUGCCAGAGCAAAGUAUCUACGAGGGGAUCGGGGAGGGGGAG